GUACAUUCUUUAAACGGACGUUUUCAGAUGGAAUCACAUGUCCAUUAAGCAUCCGCAGCGUUUGCAUAUUUUAUGGCUAUAUUUAUCGUCGUGCGAACAGCGCUUUUUGGGUUGAAUGAUUUAGAAGAAUUUCUUCCAAAAGUUAGCCGGUUUUUUGAUUUGUUACCGAUUAAGGAAUUUGUAUCCGUAACGUCGUCCUUCGCUAAAGGAUCUGUUCGCGUAGUGGGGAGGUACCUUGCCUAUAUAAGAAAAUUGCGAAAUUUUAUUUGCAUCAUUUGGGCUUUAAAAAAGUGUGACAAUGUUGAGUGGUGCGUUGGUGAUUCUGUUAAUCGCGGGAGUGUUUUCUCGUCCCGAUGUCUCCCAUCUUAAGGGCAUUAAACAAUACGCGAGCAGUUACGACGUCCCUGUGGGAUCAGUUGAUAAUGAGUACGUGAAAACGACUCAUGUCUUCCACCAAGAUGUUCCCACCGUACGCUACUUGCGACCGUUUGUUUAUGGACAAGGAGCUGGGAAUCAGAAUGUGUAUUACGUCUCAAAGGCUGGGGAACAACACUUGGUUCCAAUCACAGUGACUGGCGGGCAAGUAUCAUCAUCUUCUCACGGAUUAGAAAACCAAGGCAACAACGCGUACUACACGCUGCAAUCUGGCGAGCAGUACUUAAUACCAAUCACCUUAUCGGGAGGAAGCUCAUCAUCUUCUCACGGUCUUCAAAACCAAGGCAACGUGCAGUAUGUAUACCAAGGCCUAGGUCAAGGAAAUGCGCAACAUACGUCUCAAGGAAUUAACUUGGCAUCUCGUGGAGAUUAUGGUGGAGUUAACUUUGUCACUCAUGGAGGUCACGGGGGAGUUAACUUCGUAUCUCAAGGAGGCCAAAGCCACUCGCACGCAGGUUCCGGUAAUGCCGCCCGUGUGGUCGAAAACAAGGAGCGUGUUUACUUCUUCUCGGCACCCGAGGAUGCAGUAGAACAUCACACUCGUCUCCGCAUAAACAUUGUACCGACCCAUACCAAGAACUCCAACGUAAUCUUUGUUAAAGCCCCAAGCGUCGGUAAAAUCAUCCCCGAAGUAGUCGUACCAUCGCACCAAGUCGUCGAAGACAAAACUAAAGUCGUUGUGUUAGUCAAAGAGAACGAUCACUUCGUACCACUUAAGAUCAACGCGCCGAUUCCUAUUAGCCAGGGUAAGGCCGAAGUUGUGGUCGUGAAGUAUCAUGAUAAAAAUGACAAAGCGCGUGUUGUCUCAGGCGGGCAUAUCGGUGGAAGCACUCUUAUCGGGCAAGACAAAACAUCCUUCAUUCACGGUAAUGUAGGAAGUUUAACUUCUCGAUUUGAUUCUAGCGGUUCUAAUGCCGCCUCUGUAAACGUGGCAGGCGGCGCCUCCGGGUCCUCAAGCGGCGGUUCCGCCCAAACUCUGCACGCUGUCGGCGGUGGAGCUGAAGGUCAAGGAGUUGUAAACAGCAACGUGGAAACUCAAUAUCAAGUACUCCAAGGUGCGACUGGUGAUCAGUCAAGCAAUCAAGGAAAUUCUGGGCACAGUUACCAAAUCAAAACUGUGGAAGUCACCGGACAAGCUCCGUCUGUUUCUUCCGGCGCGCAGUUUAUAAGCGGCGGAGAUCAACAGGCGGCCUUUGGGGUUACUUACAGCGGCGGUAGCUCGGGAACCGGCUAUACAUUGGAAUCAUCCGAUUACACCCAAGGCGGAUCUUCAUUAGAUUUUGGCAGUCUUGAUAAUGUGAAGAAGCUACUGGGUGAUGGUGUUGAAAUCGUCAGCGUCAAUAAGGGAACCUUACACGCAUCUGGAGUUGGUGGCAACGCUAAGAAUACGAUCUUUAAGUCACUUGGAAUAUCCGACGAUGUGUUGCAACAAGGUGUUGGCGCAGUCAGUCACAGUGUAAGCGGCGGACAACUCUCCGACGAGCAAGUAUCAGGACAGUCUUCUUACCAAAGCAGCAGCACCGGAGGUUCCCAUCAAAUUCAGAUUGGCCAAGAUGUUGCCGAUGUUAUUAGUGGAUCAUCAUUAAAGGCUUGAACGGACUACUUAACUUGUAGGGGAUUGCAUCAUUUCAAAUAAAUCAUUUUUACAAAUUC